AUGUCGCCACGGGAUGUGCUCCGGAUGGGGCCGCUGGUUCCCCAGCAGGAUUACGAGCGACUGGAGGACUGCGACCCUGACCGUGACCCCGGCUACGACCCCCCGGACUCCCAGGAAUCACCCCUCCUGGGGGAGGAGGAGGAGCUGUUGCUGCACGUCCCGGAGGGGCUCAGGGGUUCCUGGCACCACAUCAAGAACCUAGACAGCUUCUUCACCAAGAUCUAUAACUACCACCAGCGCAGCGGCUUUGUCUGCAUGCUACUGGAGGAUGUCUUUCAGCUGGGGCAGUUCCUCUUCAUCGUCACCUUCACCACCUUCCUGCUUCGCUGUGUGGAUUAUGACGUGCUUUUCGCCAACCGUCCGUCCAACCACACGUGGCCUGGUCCCCCCGGAUCCUCCCGCCCGCCGGGACCCCUUCAAAGCAAGGUGACGCUGUCUGACGCCAUCCUGCCCGCUGCCCAGUGCUCCCAGAGGAUCCGCUCCAGCUCGCCUCUGCUCUUCCUCCUGGUCCUGGCCGCCGGCUUCUGGCUGUUCCGGCUCCUCCGCUCGCUGUGCAGCCUCCUCGGCUACUGGGACAUCCGGGCGUUUUACAGGGAGGCGCUGAAGAUUCAACCGGGCGAAGUGAGCGCGGUGCCCUGGUCCGAGGUGCAGGCCCGGCUGCUGGCCCUGCAGCGCGGGGGCGGCCUGCGCGUGCUGCCGCGGCCCCUGACCGAGCUGGACGUCCACCACCGCAUCCUGCGCUUCCCCAACUACCUGGUGGCGCUGGCCAACAAGGGGCUGCUGCCCGCCCGCUGCCCGCUGCCCUGGGGGGGCGACGCGGCCUUCCUGAGCCGCGGCCUGGCGCUCAACCUGGACCUGCUGCUGUUCCGGGGCCCGGCGUCGCUGUUCGGCGGGGGCUGGGCCCUGCCCGCGGCCUACAAGGUCGGGGCCCGGCGCCGGGCGCUGGCCGCCCGCCUCCGCCGGGCCCUGCUGCUGCUGGCCCUGGCCAACCUGUGGCUGUGCCCGCUGGCGCUGGCCUGGCAGGGGCUCCGCGCCUUCUUCGGCCACGCCGAGCUGCUGCGGCGGGAGCCCGGCGCCCUGGGCGCGCGGCGCUGGUCCCGCCUGGCCCGCCUGCAGCUGCGCCACUUCAACGAGCUGCCCCACGAGCUGCGGGCGCGCCUGGCCCGCGCCUACCGGCCGGCCGCCCGCUACCUAAGGGCCGCCUCGCCGCCCGGGCCGCUGGCCUCGCUGCUGGCCCGCCACGCCGCCUUCUUGGCCGGGGCCCCGCUGGCCGCCCUCCUGGCCCUCACCGUCUACGACGAGGACGUGCUGGCCGUCCAACACGUGCUCACCGCCAUCACCGGCCUCGGGGUGACGCUCACCCUCGCCAGGUGCUUCAUCCCGGACGAGGAGCUGAGCGGCCGUUCGGCGGAGCCGCUGCUGCAGGCCGCCCUGGCCCACAUGCACUACCUGCCCCCGCCCCCGCCCCGCCCCCACACCCGCCUCGCCCGCGCCGCCCACGCCCGCCGCCAGGUGGCGCAGCUGCUGCAGUACAAGGCCGUGUCUCUCCUGGAAGAACUCCUCUCACCCAUCCUCACGCCCCUCGCCCUCCUGUUCUGGUUCCGUCCCCGAGCCCUGGAGAUCAUCGAUUUCUUCCGCCACUUCACGGUGGAGGUGGCCGGCGUCGGGGACGUCUGCUCCUUCGCCCUCAUGGACAUCCGGCGCCACGGACACCCUGAGUGGCUCUCGGCCGGGCAGACGGAGGCCUCUGUGUCCCAGAGGGCCGAGGGAGGGAAGACGGAACUAUCCCUGAUGCGCUUCGCCCUGGCACACCCGCGCUGGCGCCCGCCCGGGCACAGCUCCCGCUUCUUGGGGCAGCUGCGGGGCCGGGUGCAGCAGGACGCCGCCGCCUGGGGGGCCACCAGCCUCCGGUCCCCCACUACGCCGGGCCUGAGCCCCAGCCUGCUCAGCGAUUCCGCCGCCUCGGCUCCCGAGGCUCUCCUGACCAGCCUGCUGGUGCAUCCCCUGAUGCCCCCACGGGAGGCGGCCCCGGCGCCCCCCUGCCCCGCCGCAGCGACCGCCAGCCUCCUGGCCUCCCUCUCGGGCUCCACGUCCCGGCUGGCCGCAGACGAGAGCUGUGCUUCUCUGGGGGCGACCGGCGUCCGGAGCCCCGUCCUGUUCUCUGAACUCGUUUCUGCCGAGAUGAGCCUCCAUGCCAUCUACCUGCACCAGCUUCACGAGCAACGGCAGCAGCAGGAGCUGUUGGGGGAGACGGCCCCACCCCUCCCCGCCCUCUGGCCCGGCGACCCCAGUCGGCCCACACCGCCCCUCUCGCCCUCCCUGGAAGAACAGAGCCGGCCCCCGCCCGGCCACGGCCUCUCCUCCGGCCCUGACCCCGGACCAGAACGGCGCUGGGGGCCGGAUGGAGCGAGGGCACUGCCCCUGGGGGGCUGGCAGGAAGACGACGCUCAGCAGGAGCCCGCCACCACACCCGGCAGCGGCCGUUGAGCCUGGGGGCCGGCCGGGCAGAACCACCAGCUCCGAGUCGGCUCGGAGCAGAGAAGAGACCACUCGAGGACCCUCGAGCCCCCGCCUCUCACCCUAGGGACUCGAUUUGGAAGGAGGGAUGGCAGGGCCCGGGGAUUACGUACUUUUAUUUUUGAAAUCUGGAAUGCCGUCCCGGCCGAGAGGCGCCCGGGGCCCAGAACCGCUCAGGCUGGAGGUGCUGGAGACGGGCCCGGAAAGUCCCGGCACCGAUGAAGCCGUGCCCCUGGGGUGCGGGGAGGGAGGGGAAGGGCUAGAGGGAGGGAGGUGGUGAGGCAGGUGAAUCCAGUUAAAUAGCCCUGCCCGAAAGCCGGCCGAGAGCUUCAGGCCUGCACCGAUCAGUGGGACUUAAAAGAGAGACGGGGCCAAAGGAAAAUCAGGCAGCGGGGCCCUCGAAAAAGCAAGGUCAUAAACUCAACCACUCCUUUCAGUUCCCCGGUUUGGCUUCAAGCAGAGGCGGGUGGCUAGAGAGAUUCCUGGAGCCGGAAACCUGCGGCCCGACUGCAAUAAACAUCUCUCGGUUACAAAAGUGCCUGUUCCUGAGUCGCGGGUCUGUCCAGCGAGACUUCAUACUGGGACUCUGGCAAGGGCUGUGUCAGGUGGAGUGGGUUAGUGUCGUGGUCUGUGUGUGUGCGUCUGACAGUCGGGGUC